GAUUAUUUUUGUCAGUUGAUGAAACAACAUAACUGCGAUGGCAGUAGUCUGUCAGCUGCAGCGUCGUGCUGUAGGCAAUGGCUUCGUAGCUUUUUGUUAAAAAAGCCACAAUUUCGCAAAAUCCCGACUUUGUUCUGUGAAAGGUGUAGGCCAAAAUGGAUUACAAAAGCGUCGUUUACAACGCCGCUAGAGACGGAAAUCUAAACAGGCUUAAGUUUUACCUGCACGGCAACAAAGGCAAGGAGGAGGUUUCCAUGCUCGUGGCGGCGAAGACCUCGGGGGCCACGCCGUUGGUGAUCGCCUGCCGGAACGGCCACUACGACGUCGCCGAGUACCUCAUCGAGCGCUGCCAUGCCGACAUCGAGCAGCCCGGCUCAGUGAUGUUCGACGGCGAGACCAUCGAGGGCGCGCCCCCGCUGUGGUGCGCGGCGGCCGCGGGCCACCUGGACAUCGUCAAGCUGCUGAUUUCCCACGGCGCCAAAGUCAACAGCACGACCAGGACCAACUCGACGCCGCUGCGGGCCGCCUGCUUCGACGGGCACUUGGACAUCGUCAAGUACCUGGUGCAGCACGGCGCCGACAUCGAGGUGGCCAACAGGCACGGGCAUUCCUGUCUGAUGAUUGCGUGCUACAAGGGCCAUAUUCGGAUCGCUAGAUAUUUACUUAGUUUGAAGGCUAGUGUUAAUAGGAAAAGUGUCAAAGGUAACACGGCGCUGCAUGAUUGUGCCGAGUCCGGGAGUCUGGAAAUUCUCAAAUUGCUUAUUGAUAAUGGAGCGACGAUGGAUGUUGAUUCUUACGGAAUGACGCCGUUGCUGGCAGCUGCAGUUACUGGACAUAAUCAUAUUGUAGAAUAUUUAAUUAAACUUCCGCAUCUCGUAUCGAGGAAGGAAAAAAUCGAUGCGUUAGAGUUGUUAGGAGCCACGCUUGUUGAUAAGAAACGUGAUAUGGUCGGUGCUUUAGAAGUGUGGAAGCGGGCAAUGCAUUACAGGUACCACGGUGACGGUCCGCCGAUUCUAAAACCCCGCAUCCAGAAAGUCCCCGCCUACGACUACGUGGUCGAAAUCACCGAUCUGGACGCUCUGGACGACCUAAUGGCCGAUCCAGACGAAAUGCGCAUGCAAGCCCUAGUAAUGCGUGAGCGUAUCUUGGGCCCCGCUCACCCCGACACCAGCUACUACAUCCGUUACCGUGGGGCUGUUUACGCCGACGCUGGCAAAUUCAACCGUUGCAUCGAGCUGUGGAACUACGCCCUCGACAUGCAACAAUCCAUGCUCGAGCGUUUGAACCCCAUGACCCAAAGCAGCUUAUUCUCCUUCACCGAAUUAUUCUCGUUCAUAAUGGGCGAGGAAGGCAAACACACGACACGUGGUCGCCUCGUCCCGCCCGUCGAUGUCGUCGAAAUUUUACGAGUUUUCAAGAAAGCAGUCAAGGAAGUAGAGCUAGGUAGUCAAAUGUUGGAGAAGAUGCCCAAUGUUGAGCGAGACAUGACGUAUCUAACCCGCGUUUUGGUCAUAACUCUACACUUGGCCUGCUUGUUAACACGUAUGCUUGAGCACCAUACUACGACUGAAGCAAUCACGAAGGAGAUUUACAAGGCGGUGUACGAUUUAGUCAAGUUGAAGAUAAGGGGGCGCUCGGGGCGCACGGCCCUUCACUUGGCGUGCUGUCGGGACGCCGCCCUUCUGGGGCGCUACCCCGCCUGUCAGUUCCCUUCGGCGCAUCUGGCCGAGGUUUUGCUCAAAGUGGGGGCCGAUCCGAACGUGAAGGACGACGACGGGAACACGCCGUUCCAUCUAGCGGCCAUGGCACGCCCCUGUCCGGCCAACAUAGCCCAAGUGCUGCUCAAACACGGGGCGCACAUCGACCUAGUGAACAAUAACGGUGAGACUUUCGCUAGUUUGCUCAAAGGACAGCAAGUGCACGAGUUAGUGAACACGGCCAAAUACACGGGACUGAGUUGUGCAGCCGCGAGAAUUAUCCAACAGUUUAAAAUACCCUAUAAAGGAAUCGUACCAGCAGCUUUAGAAUCGUUUAUUGCAUGCCACUGAAUUUGUGAUGUGUUUUUAAUGUACAACGUUUGGCAGCAUCUACAAUUUUUAGUCGGUUUGGCGCGUCCAUUCAAAGUGAGGUUGGCGGCCAUGAUUGGUUCAAUUGAACUAACUUCAUUUUUGUAAAUAAAUUAAAAUUGCAAAUUCCACGAGAAAAAACAAGAAAUCGAAACGUUUUAAACCGCGGGACACCCCAUGUGCUUAAUUGUUGUUAAAACUUGUGCAAACGUCUCGGAUAAAUGGCCAAGGUACGUCCUAACCUCGCUUUUGUUUCAAAUAAAUUACUCGAGUGGACGCUAUUUAAUAAAUUCUAAUCAUUUAGACCCACAGUUAGGAUAAUUGGAAGUUUAUUAAAUAAUACCAAAACAGCGUUCCACAAGUAAUUUAUAAAUUCGCGACUUAAAUUGCAGCUCCCUCUCAUUAGCGGGAAAUUAAAUUAUACAGGGGGGCUUAAAAGUAUAGAUACAGAUGCAUAUUAUAAAAACUAUUCAUUGGUAUGAGCUUAAGAGUAUAUAAAUUCCAUCGUUUUAGUUGUUUAUCAAAUUUCUAUCCCCAUUUCUUCUGAGGGUUCAGGGCUAACUUGAUUUUUUUAAAUGGCAAGAAGGGGCAAAUUUAAUAUUUUUUAAUAAAAAUAAAUGUGGGUGUAUGUAAUUUGACCUUCUGUACCAUUGAAAAAAUCAAAUAAUCCUUGUAUUUUCCAAAUAAAUGACGAUAGAAUUUAAACAAUUUGAAGGUGCUUAUUUUGCUGUCCAUACUUUUUGGCGACCUGUAUAGCCGGGGGUUUAUUGCGAUGAAAACGAACAGAAUAUGUGAUAGUUCCGUUGCAAACAGAUGCAUAUUUUACUAGUUUUUACGAAAAACAAUGAGAGGUUUUAAAUGUUUUAUCAAUGUUGUCUGUUUGCAUCCACACGCUUACGUUCAUAUUUUCCUUGUAAGACAGUUAUAAGUGUGUGCAGAUUUACUAAAAUUAGUUGUGGAACUUGUAGGCCAUUAAACUAGUGACAUUAACGCUAUAGGCUAUUUCAUUGUUGAUAGAAAAUUACUGUCAAGAAUUAAGAAAUUGGUAAAUGUAAUGAAAAUUCAGUUACUCUAAAUAAAUAUGAAUUGUAGGUAAGGUAAAUGUUUGUAUGUUACAUAAUUGAAUAUUUUUUGCCGUUGCGACAACUGGAGCAAAAAUAUUGUAUCUAAAAGUGUGAUUUUUGAGUGCUGACUAUUUACAAUAAUUAUCUAGCUAUAUGAAUUUUGUUAAUUAAAAAAAUAAAACAAA